UUUAGUUGUCACACAAACUGUUGAACGUGCUUGAAAUUUUUAGUGUGUGCAUCAAAAAGUAUAAAAUUGUUUAAGUAAUUUUUGUUGAGAUGGCAAAUAGGAAACGCAGCAAGGGAGGGGAAUGUUGCUGUCCACCAGCCAAGCCCGUACGCUGCGAGCCCACCUUCUCGAGAUCGGUUGGGUAUUAUGAACGGGAUCCCUGCUGUCAUGAGCAUUGUCGCAUCUAUGGCGUUCACGAUGAGCCCUAUUUGCGACCAUUUGAUCCCAAGGAAUGCGCACGCUUUCGUCGAAACUUUAUUGACAAAUCCUUGGGCUUUCCACUUGGCUAUGUGCUCGGCACGGUGCCGACAAAGAUAGGCGUACCCAGUGUGGAAUCGAUACGAUUUGCGGGCAAUUUGAAAGCAUUUGCAACCACAUAUUUCACGAGGCGCACAGAUUGGACAGCAGCGCUGAUCGAUCAGGUUGUUGCCGAGGGUCAGUUGCUGUUUAGCGACUCGGAGGGAAUGGAAUCGCCCAAUGCUAACGACUAUCCAGAGAUCUACGAUGACAAUGAGCAGGCGGUGACACGACAUUUUAUGGUCAACGAUAUUGAGUUUGCCCUCGAAUUGGAUGCGCCCUUCGAACUCUAUGGUGUACCCAAUACCAUGGCACAUUUGCGACGCAUCAUGACUGCGUAUUUUAAGCGGCACAGGGAAGCCGUGUUUUGGACACCAAAUUGGUAUCUGCUGAUUUGGAAGGAUAUGGGCGUUUGGAUGGUGCUCGAUUUGAAUGGACGCGACAGGGAUACAUUUAAACCCAAUCAGGAUGGUGGUCUGCCCGUGCUGUUCGCAAUGCGCUCAUUGGAUAAUGUCAUAUAUUUAAUUAAGUCGGAGAGCAAUCUGGAGAAGACGGACAAGUUCACGUUGCGGGACAUUCUGGUCGUACGUCUGGCCACACCGGGUCCGAAUGGACGCAGUCAGGAGCGCGAAUUUGGACCACGAAUGAGCGAGUAUGAUGUGAUCGCCUCGGACUAUGGCUACCUGAAAUCCAAUCUGCAUUUAACACUUAAUUCGAAGGAUGCAUUGCGUAAUCGCAGUGCUUUACCGGUGGCUGUAGCGACCGCAAUUGCCUCGAAGGUCGAUCAUCCAGCCACGUGGGACAUGAAGACAUAUGAUAAGAUCAUUUGCUAUGGCGCCAACAUGUGCAAGAAUUGCUGGGAACCGUGCACCGAUCUAAAUAAACCGAUGGACCUGGAUUCGUUUCCCAGGCAGAUACGCAUGGGUCAGUUUGUGGCUGAGGUGCUGCUGACUCCAAAUGUGUUCGAGGGCUGGUGGAAAUGUGUGCCAAUGUACAAGUUUAAUGAUUUCCACUUGAUGCUGGAUAAGGCGCUGGAUGAGAACGAUUAUGUCAUCUUUCAGAUCAACAAUCAAAUGUAUUCGCUGUGGAAGAAGGGUGAUUUCCUCUAUCUAAUGGAUCCGUAUCGCCAUCACAUUGUUGGCCGCAUACUUGAGGCGAGUGAAGAUCCCAAAAGCGCAUCUGUGCGCAUCUUUGGCAACAUGGAUCGAUUGCUAAGCGUUUUCCAUCAAGUGCUUCUCGAAUCGAAUCGUUCGGCUAUAUUUCACAUACACACGUUGCGUAUACGCAAUCUCACAGAAUGCCCAGUGGGCACGGCGCCAAUGCUGCUGCCCCCGGAUCAGGACAUGGAUGUUGUCUCGCUCAAUGAGAACAUACGCUUCCACGAGAACUAUGACAAGUGCCUGGAGGAAUUGGGCGAAAUUAGUGACUUCGAAGAGGAUUUGGCAUCCGAUAUCGAGCCCAUUGAGGAGAUUAGCACAUCCGAGGAGCCUGCCGGCGAGGAGGAGGGCGAAGAAGCCGGACCAGCGGAGGGUGGCGAGGAUGAUGACGAAGACGACUAAUCGCAUGUUCAUGUAUAAUGUCUUAAAUUUUGGAUUAAUAAAUUCAAGUUAUUAAGUA